AGCAGCUCUGUCCUCGACAUUGGCUGCGGCCAAGGGGAGUCGGCGAUCACCAUGGCGCUGUACCUUGGCCCACGGGCACACAUCACCGCCAUCGACACCGCUCCGCCAGAAUAUGGUGUUCCGUUCACCGUCGCGCAAGUCCACGACUUCAUUUCCCACAGCAAACUCGGCCGGCAAAUCGACUUUCAUCUACGCACAGAUGCGGAAACGCUGCUCACUGGCGACCAGAAGCCUCCUCGUAUAGACGCAGCGACGUUGUGCCUCGGCCUGUGGUAUUUCCCCACCACCGCAAGCGUCUCGUCUCUCUUCCAAACCCUUGCCACAGCUGGUGUAUCGAGAGUCUACGUCGCCGAGUACGAUUUCGCGUCUUCCAAACUCACGCAGUUGCCACAUGUCUUGGCAGCACGAGCGCAAGCAUACCUCCACCAGUGUAAAAAGCCCUCGUCGGGUCCCGAUCCACAAGAGCCCAAUGUGCGUGCAGCAAUGGCGGUGGAAGACAUCCGCUGCGCGGCGUUGGAUGCGGGCUUCAAAGUGGUGCGAGAAGGCCGAAUCUUGCCCGCACCACAUAUGCUCGAGGGUCAUUUCGAAGUGCUGCAUGUCCUGUCGGAUAAUUUUGUUGCUGCGGUGCACCAAGAAGCGCCCCAGCAAGAAGAGGAGCUAUUAGCCAUGGUCAGCGCAGUCAAGGCCGCAGCCGAUGAUAUCGGAAUAGAGAAAGGAGGUCAUGUGCAGGCAAUGGAUAUUUGGUGGGCAGAGCUU